CUCUCCUUCUUCCGCCUCCAUCAUCACCACCACCACCAUCGACACCUCUUCUCACUGUACAUACCGGACACACUCCAAGUAACAUCAGACCACACGCCCAACAUGAUUGUCGACCCCGUCCAGGUCCUCGCGAAGCCCACGAGCUCUGUUGCUCCGGUUCCCACCGUGGUCCCAAGCCUUCCAGAGUACCAAGAUGCCUCUGAGACUGGUACCAGGACCCUCUGGGUUGUCUUCGUCGUCAUGCUUGUUGCCACAGUCGUCUUCACUGGCAUGGCAUGGAGCGUCCCAAUCUCCAAGCGUCUCUACCACGUCGUCACCGCCGCCAUCACCACCAUUGCUGCCCUCUCUUACUUCGCCAUGGCUACUGGACAUGGUGUGAGCUACCACCACGUCACCCUCCGCGAGGCCCACAAGCACGUCCCAGACACCGAGCACGACCUGUACCGCCAGGUCUACUGGGCUCGCUACGUUGACUGGGCUCUUACCACUCCACUCCUGCUGCUCGAUCUUGCUCUUCUCGCUGGCUUGAGCGGCGGCACUAUCGUCAUCACCAUCUUUGCUGAUGUCAUCAUGGUCUUGACUGGUCUCUUCGCUGCUUUCGGCGCCGAGGGUACUCCACAGAAGUGGGGAUGGUACGCCAUUUCUUGUGCUGCCUUCCUUACUGUAAUCUGGCAGUUGUUGGUCCACGGACGCUCUUCUGCCGCCGCCAAGGGCGGAAAGGUGGGCAACUUCUUCUCCGCCAUCGGUGGCUUCACCUUGAUCAUCUGGACUGUCUACCCAAUCGUCUGGGGUAUUGCUGAUGGCAGCCGCAACUUGAAUGUCGAUGAGGAGAUCAUCGCUUAUGCUGUUCUCGACAUCUUGGCCAAGCCAAUCUUCGGUGCUUGGUUGCUCUUCACCCACGUCAGCAUCCCAGAGACCAACGUUGAUGUUGGUGGAUUCUGGUCCAACGGCCUUUCUGGCGAGGGCCGCAUCCGCGUCGGCGACGAUGACGAGGGUGCUUAGAUCAAUCCUCACCAAGAUCUCCACGGUGACAUCCGACCAACGUAGUAUUUUGUUGCGAUCAAGUCAAGAACAGCAGCAAGAGAAGUCGGAGGAAUGAAAAUGGCACUUGGUGCUAUCGAAAGAUAACGAAACUCGAACGUCCAAUACGAGCACGAAUGGGAAUGACAGGCAUUUUAUCGGAUUACGGGCGAUAACAUUCAGGCGAAAGUCACUCAGAUGCUCUUUCUUGAGUAUUUGUGUUCUAGUGUUAAUGAUAAUUGCAAACACACGGCGUGGAACGGAGUACCUACUCUUCUCUCUACACAUCUCAUCUCUCCCCCUUCGAU